UUUUAUAGUUCGCUACUAACAUUAACUACUGUCCUACGCCACGUUCGCCACUGGAAAUAUUCCUCAAUACUAUAUCCUGGUUCUAUCCGGUACGCUGUUGUCUUUCCGUUCCACUACCACGCUUAGUACUCCAUUGUCUUACCUACCAACUCUGAAGACAUGAAAGUGGCAACAAGACAUCUACGGACGCUCUGAGCCCGAUGAGGCUAUGCGCCCUAACCCACGACCAAGACCAAGACCAAGACCAUAUAUUAGUCACUUAUGUGAAGCGGGUUCGGUUUUGAAGUGAAUAAGUUUUUACAGCUUGUAAAAGGAGGAAAUCACCACUCUCAAGUCUCAAGUCGCAAAUUCAAAGUACCUUGUCUUUCUGCCGUACAAAGUAAGAAAUAAGUAGGUGUGACAUAAAGGCUACCAAAUGCUUGACUGUUGACUGUUGAGCUGCCUUUGCCAGUUCAAGUUCAAGUUACCUGAGCCACCAACCAGUGCAUCAAAAUGUCCACAUCUGAGCACUGGGGAGAGUAUGAGACACCACCACCACCUCUGAAGGCCCUCAGGCCAGAGGAGCUGCAGCGGCUGGCUGAGCUGCAGCUCAACCUGGUGGUCGAGGGCCCGAAGCUCUUCCAGCCAGCUGAUGUUAAUGCUGAACAAGAUGUUAAGCCAGCAGUGGCUGCGUUUCGUAUGGAUCCACUGGUGCUGGCUACCAUUCAGCUGGACAGGCAGAAUGCAGCGCUCAGCAGGGUAGUCGCCAGUUCCUCCACGGUCGACGAUUCGAUCCUGACACCAGUGGACCUAACAGAGUGUUUCGAUAAGCUGGAGGAGAAAUUCACCGUCUUUCCAGAAGUCAAAGACAGCGGGUUCGUCCGCGGCAGUCCAGUGGCCAUCCCCGAGAUCCCGGCGGAGCUGUGCCGUGACCUGAUGGUGCGCUCGGUCGGCGCCAUUGCGGCUCACGCCGGAUUCCACACGUCGACCGACCUGGUGCUGGGGACGCUGGCGGACGCCACCGCCAACUUCCUUCGCUCGCUGUGUCUGAUGCUGCGACAGACACGGGACUCUGAGCUGGAGCGGGGACCGCACGGCUUUGUGGACGCGCUGGAGCGGACGCUGGUCGACUCUGGGGUGGGCAGCGUUCGACAGCUGGCGGAGUACUACGGUCCGAACGUGGUGGAGCGGCUGCGCCAGGCGCGCGACACCAACUACCAGCUGCGGGCCAGCUACGACCAGAUGACCGCCGACCGGCAGCCGCCCGUCGAGAGCAUCGCGCUCGAUGAUAGUCUACUGGUGGACAUUCUGGCUGAAACGCCGACUGGCCUGCCCUCUGUCGGGCCUGGUGGAACUAUCGACAUGUCCGCCUACCCCAACAUGAGCUUUGAGUCGGCUGAUGAUUUAGUGGGUAUGAACUCGUCACUGGACUCUGAGGAGAUUGUGGUCCAGUCUUCCCCGCUGCCCGACGCUGCCAGUCCGCUCAACAAAAAGCCGCGACCGUAGCACGAUGACACGUAACAGCACUCGUCCCAGCCGGCGUGGUUGUUACGACGUGACUGUGACAAGAUCGGUGGAUGGUCAGAACUGCCGGACGACUGACAGCUGCCCUCUUCAUAUGGGAGGCUGGCAGCUCACUGCUGCACGCUUUUGGGCCAAAUAUGGCACGUGGCUCUCAUGGCCAUGUCUUGGCAGUGUCCCAAAAUUGAGUUUUGUCUUGGGUGUCAGAGGGGAAAAUUACCCACCAAAAAGAGGGGAGAGAGUGGAAAACUGCUGAUUCGAUUAGAUAAAAAAGGAGUGAGAAAUGACAAAA